AUGAAUAUGAUUUUAUCUUCUUUAACAUUAAAUAGUUAUGAAGAAAUUGGUAUCUUCAAAAGAGUAUACAAUGAUAGGAUAGUCCUUUUUGAUGCAUCAGGAUCUUCAAAACAGAAGAUAAAUGGUACAAAACAAUUUACUAAACCAGAAUACGCAGCUUAUCCUUGGGGAAAAAGGUAUGACUGGUGUUCUGAUGUUGGGUAUACGCUUAAGGAGCAUCCUUUUAUUGCUGUAACAAUGAAAUCUAAAAAAUUUAAAUUCAAUGGAUAUACAGUUCGAAGCGGAUGCUGUUAUGAAGGAUGUUGUUGUGGUAUACAUUAUAGUUAUUGUGUCGAUUGCUAUUUAUAUUCUUGGUCUUUGCAAAUUUCAGAUAACUAUAAAGAUUGGAUCACAGUUCAUCAUAUAGAAAAAGACAACUCAAUCCAGAAAUGUGCUGAUAAAACUUUCAGUUUAGAUAAAGAAUAUAGUGCUAAAUAUGUUAGAUUAAUUCAAGAUAGCCCUUAUCCGAGUUUGCCUCCUUGCAUUGCAUUAAAUAGAUUUGAAUUGUUCGGAGAAGUAUUAAAUGACUAUUCUGAAAUUGAUGAAGCUUUCAAUACAGAUAUCGAAGAUGAAGAUGAAGGUAUCAACAUAAUAGGGCGGAUUUCUAAAAGCGAUUGA